ACGGCGAGACGUGCUCGAGAUGAAGACGCUCUUCAUCCUACUCGCUAUCCUAGGGAUAACAGCAGCAAAGGCUGUUCCCGUUCAUCGUGUGAAUGCACACACUCGCGACCUGCAGGAUGACCUCAACGACUUCCUCGCCCUCAUUCCCAUCGACGAAAUUGUGAACAUUGUGCUUAACCACUUGGCCAAUGACCCUGAGGUGCAGGCUGCCGUUGAAUACGUGCUCUCUGAUGACUUCAAGAGCAUUGUCCUGGCCAUCGACGCUCUCCCAGAGUACAUUGAUUUCCUCAACUACCUGCAAGAGUCCGGCCUCGAUGUCUACAAAUAUGUGAACGCUCUACACGACUUCAUGGGACUGCCCCAGCUUACUCCUCCAUCCAAGCUGAGACACACCAGGAGCAUCCGUUCCAUGGUCGACGAGAUUCUCGCCAUCUUGCCACUGGACGAACUCCGGGCUCUGUUCGACGAGAAACUGGAAACCAGCCCCGACUUCAAGGAGCUGUACGACAGGAUCAGGUCUCCCGAAUUCCAGUCGAUCGUGGAAACUCUGAACUCGCUGCCAGAGUACCAGGAGCUGCUUCAGAAACUGAGGGACGCUGGCAUCGACGUCGACGCAUUCAUUGACCUGAUUCGCGGUCUUUUCGGCCUGCCAACAAGCUCCAGCAACAAGAUUCGACUCCAUGCAUCUGCCAAGAAGGUCAACCGCAACCUCCAGGAUGACCUCAAUGACUUCCUCGCCCUGAUCCCCGUCGACGAAAUUGUCGCUAUCGUGCUCGACCACUUGGCCAACGACCCUGAGGUGCAGGCUGUUGUUCAGUACAUACUCUCCGAUGACUUCAAGAGCAUUGUCCUGGCCAUCGACGCUCUCCCAGAAUACAUUGAUUUCCUCAACUACCUGCAAGAGUCCGGCCUCGAUGUCUACAAAUACGUGAACGCUCUACACGACUUCAUGGGACUGCCCCAACUUACUCCUCCAUCCAAGCUGAGACACACCAGGAGCAUCCGUUCCAUGGUCGACGAGAUUCUCGCCAUCUUGCCACUGGACGAACUCCGGGCUCUGUUCGACGAGAAGCUGGUAACCAGCCCCGACUUCAAAGAACUGUAUGACAGGAUUAGGUCUCCCGAAUUCCAGUCGAUCGUGGAAACUCUGAACUCUCUGCCAGAGUACCAGGAGCUGCUCCAGAAACUGAGGGACGCCGGGAUCGACGUCGACGCAUUCAUUGAUCUGAUUCGCGGUCUCUUCGGCCUUCCAACAAGCUCCAGCAACAAGAUUCGUUUCCAUGUAACUGACAAGAAGGCCAACCGGAACCUCCAGGAUGACCUCAACGACUUCCUCGCCCUCAUUCCCAUCGACGAAAUUGUGAACAUUGUGCUUAACCACUUGGCCAAUGACCCUGAGGUGCAAGCUGCCGUUGAAUACGUGCUCUCUGAUGACUUCAAGAGCAUUGUCCUGGCCAUCGACGCUCUCCCAGAGUACAUUGAUUUCCUCAACUACCUGCAAGAGUCUGGCCUCGAUGUCUACAAAUAUGUGAACGCUCUACACGACUUCAUGGGACUGCCCCAGCUUACUCCUCCAUCCAAGCUGAGACACACCAGGAGCAUCCGUUCCAUGGUCGACGAGAUUCUCGCCAUCUUGCCACUGGACGAACUCCGGGCUCUGUUCGACGAGAAACUGGAAACCAGCCCCGACUUCAAGGAGCUGUACGACAGGAUCAGGUCUCCCGAAUUCCAGUCGAUCGUGGAAACUCUGAACUCGCUGCCAGAGUACCAGGAGCUGCUUCAGAAACUGAGGGACGCUGGCAUCGACGUCGACGCAUUCAUUGACCUGAUUCGCGGUCUUUUCGGCCUGCCAACAAGCUCCAGCAACAAGAUUCGACUCCAUGUAUCUGCCAAGAAGGCCAACCGCAACCUCCAGGAUGACCUCAAUGACUUCCUCGCCCUGAUCCCCGUCGACGAAAUUGUCGCUAUCGUGCUCGACCACUUGGCCAACGACCCUGAGGUGCAGGCUGUUGUUCAGUACAUACUCUCCGAUGACUUCAAGAGCAUUGUCCUGGCCAUCGACGCUCUCCCAGAAUACAUUGAUUUCCUCAACUACCUGCAAGAGUCCGGCCUCGAUGUCUACAAAUACGUGAACGCUCUACACGACUUCAUGGGACUGCCCCAGCUUACUCCUCCAUCCAAGCUGAGACACACCAGGAGCAUCCGUUCCAUGGUCGACGAGAUUCUCGCCAUCUUGCCACUGGACGAACUGCGGGCUCUGUUCGACGAGAAGCUGGAAACCAGCCCCGACUUCAAAGAACUGUAUGACAGGAUUAGGUCUCCCGAAUUCCAGUCGAUCGUGGAAACUCUGAACUCGCUGCCAGAGUACCAGGAGCUGCUCCAGAAGCUGAGGGACGCCGGCAUCGACGUCGACGCAUUCAUUGACUUGAUCCGUGGACUUUUCGGCCUGCCAACCAGGUCGAAGCAUUAAUCUCCAUUCUACCAGUACCUCUGUCCACAAAACACUCCUGUCAAUGGACCAAUGCUGUGUAAUACUGAAGAUCUGUCUUCUAUU